AUGGAUAAGACCGAACGCUCCAACUCCGUCUCCUCCGACUCCUCCACUGCCUCCCCAGUCUUCCCAACCAGGUCAGGUCGCCGCGGCUCCGCCUCACUGUUCGCAUCCCUACACGAGAACAAGCGCCCCAAUGACCCCAGCCUCAUUGCACGUCGUCAGAGUUUAAAUGAGCAGAGGCCGCCUCCUGGUCUGAUUGGGAAGAUGUGGAAUAACUGGGUACGGGGACCUUCAUCGUCUUAG